AUGAGGGCUACUCUUACUCAGUCUGAUUCGGAUAGUAGCUCCGAAGGUUCGUCAUCUCUGCCACCUUUCCAACUGCCCAAGGCAAGAACGGACGAGAAAUGGCUGAGAGAUAAAAGAAUUUUGCGAAAAACGCAAUGCGCUGUCUCGACCCGAGGACACAUUAAACCCACAGAUAGCAGCUCAUUGUCAACCAUUCAGUCUAACAUUUCAUCCCUUUUGGAAUCCACAAAUGAUGAGGAUGACCUUUCGGAUCUUUACACACCAGUACAAAAAGGUGAAAGGCACCGUGUACCACCCGCAUUUGCUGUACCACAGGAAUUGUCCCCAGUCUUAGGCAGCUCCAUAGACGAACCACCAAGCGUGCCUUCACUAAGAUUACAACGAGACUGGAGACCUCAACAGACGUCAACUUCGACAUCAUUCCAGCCCUUCGUAUCAACUUUACCGAAGACCAAUCCACAUCAUGGACCAAAAUUUGUUAGUUCAACUCCUCGUGCAUCAACUGCUAACCGUAUUCCUAUGUACAGUUAUAAUCAAAUUAUUGAGGGAGUAUCACGACCAAGCAGUUACUAUAGUGAGGAUUUAUGCGAACUUCCCACAUCAACCCGAUCUCACGUUGAAAAUGUGAAACCCACAUUCUACCGUCCCGAGAAUUUUGGUUUGCCAACUGGUGUAGCGAAAAAUGUCGGAAGAAUUGUUUUCUUAAGCAUGACACUAUGUGGAAGCCAACUUAAUGUUACAAUCAAUGAAGCUGUUUACUUCCAAGAUCCCUAUCAACCACAAAUUUCUUCUUAUGUUAGAGUAGAAAUGCGCCGUCGCUGCGGAAAUAGUCGUAAAAGAUACUACAGAGAGAAGAUACAAUCCUACAAAACCCGCAAUUGGGUGGCUACAAAUCGACCUGUUUUCAAUGAAAAAUUCACAUUUUACAUUGACGAAGACAACUACUUUCGCGAUCUGCUCACUAUAAGUGUCUACAAACUGAAAGCAGACAGUCAUCAGCAGCGAAUGCGAAUGUUGGGCUGCAUGACGUUUCCUGUGAAACGGCUGAUGAAGAAGGCCAGAGAAGCGAAUGAUGGAUAUUACAUUGACGAGAACAUGACGAUGGAUGAAGUUGUUGUGAGUUUUGUUUUCCUGCUUCUGAUGCCACCGCGAACUCAGAGGUCAAGUGCGAUAGGAAGAAAGAAGAACGAGUCUGUUGAAGCUCCUGUUCGUUUUGAACGGAAUGAUGCCAGCCGCUAUGUUGAGGGCGAUCCCGUUACCAUCAGUUUUGAGAGAAACCCUACGGACAGCUAUGAGGAUAGCAACAGCAUCCCGAUGCAGUAUGGAAGAAGCACCGAAGUUGAGGAUUAUGGUGGCGGAAGUGUUGCUCCUCUAAAAUUCGGACGAAAUGGUAGUGAUUACGCGGGAAAGAACUCCUUGCGGAUUCGCCGCGAACGGACAGAUGACAAACCUGGAGGGAUAUUUAGUUCGCUGGGAGGAAGCAUGCGACGUGUUCAUCGUGCUACUUUACCGGACAUCUCAGUCACAUCCGAAACGUCAGAUGGUGGCGCUCCCACACUUCAUGUACAUCGUCGAGCGUUUGAACCUGAUCGUCUUACCCCGGAUGCUAAUUGUAAUAUCCACCACAAGUGUUCUACACCUAGCAGCCCUCUGGUCAGUGUUGCUACCUGA